AUGCAAAUUUUCCAUAUCGUGCCUGCGCCACUGCUUGAGCUGCACCAUCUGAAAAUUUCUGCUAAGAUCGCCAAUCACGGUGACGUGUGGCGCUGGGAACCAGUCGAGCAUGGCUUGUCAUACCUCGACCAAGAGGGAGGGGUUCAGUGGAACGAAAGUGACCCCCCGCUCUCCUACAUGUUCGCUGACCACUGGUCCCCUCUUGCCGAUGAUUUUCCAUAUGACCAUUUUCUCGAAUCCCCCUCCGCUCCCCUCACUCUUGACGAAGCGGCUUCCACCUCUCUCGGCGCUCUCCACAAGAUUACCGAUGCUCAAUACGACAAGGGCUCCCCGAACGAAGACGGCGCUGCUGCUGCCGAUACUCCGAGCCUUGACCCCCAUGACGGGAUGUCUGACAUCACCUCUACAAUAAUUUCCACUGCGGACGAAGAACAAGGCUCGACUGCCGCAAAUGAUAGUAUCCAGAGGCCUGCCUCUUAUGGCAAAGUCCCGAUGGGCGUUAAAUCUAGCCGUGGCAGUCCACUAAAGUGCAAAUGGAAGCACUGCGAAUACUCGGGUGGAUUUUCUCAGAUGGGAGCCCUGCUACGCCAUAUCAAAACAAAGCACAUCUCACCGGGUUUGUAUGAAUGUCCCGAGGGCGAGUGCCGGAAGUCGUUCAACCGAAAGGACAACUUGGUUGCGCAUAUCCGGAAUGUUCACCGCGAGACCGUUUGA